UCCGGUUGCGGCGACAUAAUGGAGGAAGCGGAGCCUGGAAGUCGUAAACAUCUGCUCCGGGAGUUACAAGAGUUUACCGAGCAAUGUCAGGGCCGUUUGUCUAGGCUGCUGGAGGAGCUGGGGUGGGAAGAUGACUUCGCACCGGGAGAGCAGGAUACCGCGCAAUGCCCGUACGACAGUAAUCAUCGAAUGCCUAAAUCCUCUCUCGAGAAGCAUGUAGCUAAAUGUAGGCUCCGGAAACUGGGUUAUAGCAAGGAGGAGGAGGAAGCAAUAUACGAUCCUCGCUAUUUCUAUGAAAAAGCAAAUGUACCUUCAGUUGUCAUAGACAAAGAUAAGCAGUUUCAGAUAAUUAAAGAAAAUAGGGAUAAUGCGACAAGUGGCAGAGAUGAUGGAGCGUACGACAAAAGUGCAUACUCCUCUUCUCCUGUUGAGGUUCCUCAGAAUCACAAGCAUGCUAUCUGUGACCUGACACCGGCGGACCGACUGGCCAUCUAUGACUAUGUUCUUUGUGAAAGUAAGAAGCAGAGAGCUAUAACGCUUCUGGAUCAGAAUAAUUCUGAUCUUUUUGAGGAUUUGGCUGCCAAGAUCAACCAAGAUGAUGGCCAGAAAGGUCCUAAAUCGCACCUUGAAAUCAUGGCAGAAAUGAGAGAUUAUAAGAGACGAAGACAAUCUUACAGAGCAAAAAACGUUCACAUAACUAAGAAGUCGUACACAGAGAUAAUACGAGAUGUCAUAGAUGUGCACAUGGAAGAGCUGACCAGCCACUGGAAGGAUGAAGCACAUGAUGAAGCAAGCUCUACCAUUUCUUCAUCCUCUGUUAGACGGAAAGAGGUGCCAAGGUCACCCUCCCUAGAUUCCAGGCAUUCCACAGAUAGUCAUAGGGACAGCCGGCAUUCUGGACGCCACCGAGAACGCAGCAGGAGCCCACGCAGACACCGCAGUCGGGAUAAAGAGGACUCUAAACAGAAGAGAGACAGGGAGAAAGAACGCCACCACAGUCAUAAAAGAAGACGACACAAAGAAGACUAAGCCGUGUUUGAUUCAUUUUGUAAAUGUAAUAUUUCUUGAAACAUAUUAAAUAUGAGUUACAGAGCAAA